UAGCAAGACUGUUGUUGUUAUCAUGGGAGCUCUGAGAGGAUUGCUGCUCUUUGUGCUGACUGUUGGGGUCUUCAAUGUUUGUUGUUCCCCUGUUGGAAAGUCCAAGAAGCAAGAUCGAGUCUCUCUACAGAGGAGAUUUGGAGAGCUAGCAUCAAAUGACGUCUCCAUUGCACAUGCCCUGGCCUUGCUCCGGUCCAUAGUGUCUGACUCUAAACAAGCCAGAGAAGAGUAUUUGGAGACUGACGACGACUCUACUGGUGCCGCUACCGGCUCGCCUGACGACGACGACUCUACUGGUGCCGCUACCGGCUCGCCUGACGACGACGACUCUACUGGUGCCGCUACCGGCUCGCCUGACGACGACGACUCUACUGGUGCCGCUACCGGCUCGCCUGCACGACGACUCUACUGGUGCCGCUACCGGCUCGCCUGACGACGACGACUCUACUGGUGCCGCUACCGGCUCGCCUGACGACGACGACUCUACU